UGCGGAACAAAACCAGAGGCUUCCUUCUUCUCCAAACCAAGUUCUCACAAUUCCCAAUGGACUACGCACGCAUAGACAAACCAUUCUCUCAUCCUUCGGGAGGAGGAUUCUCUCCGGGAAAGCUUCGGGCUAUGCUCCUUGGAGUCGAGAAGAAGAGGAAGGAAGAGGAGGAGCUCGAGGCGCUUGAUGAUCACCGCUCGACAGGGGUUGCGGCGACGGAGGCUUGCCGGGAUGUGGAUGUGGUGACUGAUCUCGGUGAAUGUUCGACUUCGAUUGAUAGUGGGAGAGAUCAUCAACUUGGGAGUUCUAUUGCUUCGGAGAGUGUGCAGUCUUCGGCAUUCGAGUUUCACAGGACGGAUCAGCGGGCGCUGCACCACCGGCCGGCGUUGAUGUCACCCUUCUCAAAGCCAGCGCCAUCAAAGUGGGACGACGCGCAGAAGUGGAUCGCCAGCCCCACGGCCAGCCGCCCAGGGAAGGGUGGUGGUGGCGGCGGCGGCGGCGGUGGUGGUGGUGGAGUUCCGCACAAGAGAUUGGGAGUUCUCGGCGGUGGUGCACGGUCAUCGGCGGCAAAGGUUGUGGUAGAGUGUAACGACGGAGUUGAUAUAAAAGGUGUUGAUUUGAGUAUUGGGAGGAAAGAGGGAGAUUUGCAGAAGGCCGUGAAUUGGGUUCCGGAAUUGUAUUCAGUGGCUGAAACCCCUGUUAAACCUCCUCUGAUUGCAGAGAAUUCAAUCUCUGAUUCAGCAACAGUUAAUCUUAGUAGGCAUGAUUCGUCAGCAUCUGUUCAGAGUGCUACAACAUUUGUCACACCUCCACCAACAAGUACAUCUGUGUCAAUGAGGGAUGUCGGCACUGAAAUGACUCCUAUUGCCAGUCAAGAGCCUUCUCGAACCGCAACUCCUGUGAAAGCAACUACACCAAUGCGAAGCCCAAACUCAUCUCAGCCAUCAACGCCAAGGAGAGCUGCACAAAAUUCAGAUCCAAUUGAGUCAAUUGAUUGCCAUGGUGGUUCGAGCAAUACAGAGUUGUCUGAAAAGGACCUACAAAUGAGAACUAGGAAAGAGAUAAUGAUUCUUGGAACAAAAUUGGGGAAAACAAACAUUGCGGCCUGGGCAAGCAAGGAAGAGGAAGAAAUUGAUGAGUCGUCUUCACUUAAAAUUGCACCAGUGAGCCAAACUAGUAAAAGUGUCAUUGAGGCUCGAGCAUCAGCCUGGGAGGAGGCAGAGAAAGCCAAGUAUCUGGCCAGGUUUAAACGCGAAGAAAUCAAAAUUCAAGCAUGGGAGAAUCAUCAGAAAGCAAAAACUGAAGCUGAAAUGAGGAAAAUUGAGGUUGAUGUGGAAAAAAUGAGGGCUCAAGCACAUGAUAAGCUUAUGAACAAGCUGGCAGCCACAAGGCUAAAAGCUGAGGAGAAGAGAAUGGCAGCAGAGGCCAAAAGAAAUCAACAAGCUGCAAAAACUGCACAAGAAGUGGAGUACAUAAGAAGAACUGGUCGCAUCCCUUCUUCAUUUUCAUGCUGGGGUUUGUGUUCCUGAUUUCAGAUCACUGAAGCAUCCAGUGCUUGGUAUGUAAAAUAUCAAAGGUUAUUGUUUUCAAUUGGCAAAGAGCAUUUCCAUUAUUUGGAUCAUUUUGUACCUGUUCAUGCCAAUUUGUUCACAUUUUGUAAAGAAUGCAAAUUUUUAUGUACCAUAUUUUUGUCUC